AUGAGCAACUCGACUGGUGGCAGCGGAUAUCCCGGCGGCAGUUGCUUUCCUUCUGAUUACGACAUCGAAAUCAACAACCUGAUUGUUGAAGCCCGCCGUUUUGUCGCUGUCUCACACUUAUUUUGGUGUAUUUGGUCAUUCCUGCUAGCGGAAGAGUCGCCUAUUGAAUUUGAUUACCUCAGCUAUGGACUAGAUAGGCUUGCAUUGUAUUAUGAAAGCAAAUCUCUGCUUCUCGAAUACCUCCACUAA